UAGAAGUUUUCAAACAUUAGAGAGUGUUAAUGAUAUUUUUAUACAAACAGACACCGUUUCGGUAAGAAAAUCUUCCGAACACCCACCUUGUGGAUCAACACGAGACGUGAAUUUAUUUUUAUAGAGAGGAAGUGUUUUAAUCAUUUUUCUGAGUAGAAUAUUUUUUCGUCAGUGAUGUUUAACACGUUUGAUCUGACAGACAUUUUAGUGGCAUUACAAGGAGCAUUUUCGACAGUUAGAGAUUGGGAAUUUACUCACUUUUGAUAUUAAGUUUACAUUUCAAGACAAGUCACUUCAAUUACAGUAAGUUAGGAAACGGAAGUUAACAAUAAACAAUUUCUAAACGCCAGAACUGUUUUCAAUGGCUGAAUAAAGAAGAUGGACAAUUUUGACGAAUGAUAUUUUAAUCUUGGACUUAAAGAAAUGGACUGGAUAUUUUUGCGUAAUUUGUGCUGUUGUUAAAAAGCUGGGAAAUUGAACAAAGCGACGCACGACAAGGCCCUUUACGCGACAAAAUCUGCACAUGAAUUAUGAAGGAAGAAACCAGAUUGUCACCAGGAUAAAUAACAGAGACAAUAUUUGUGAGAGAGUUUCCGGAAUAACAGUGAACGCUAACAGAAGAAUUGAUAUAAGGCACAAUAAUUCGACUCGCUCUUCAAUUUAGUGUCAAUAUUAUUUAUAAAUACUGUAACUAGGUUGAAAAUGACACAAGUAGUUCUACAAAAUUCUGGGUGAUGUGUUGAAGAAUGUGGAAUGGGAAAAUAAUCAUUUUGUUAUAUUCUUUAAAAAACAAUUCUUUGACAAUAAAUGACUUGAUAAUUAUCAAAUAAUUAUCAAAAACACGGCCAUUUAAAUUUAUCUUUACAUUAGUUGAAUUUGGACAUUUUAAUAUACGGUACCAUCAUGUUUGGACAUUUGUAUCCUCAAAAAAUGUCUUCCUCCUCCUCAUCUUCGUCGUUUUUUAUCCGGGAUAUUUUGGGAUCGGAAGUAGGGACAUCGAAUCCGACGCCGCCAGGGAAAUUCUAUUCCGGGAUGGACCAGAAUCUUAUGGGUGUUUCCCAACCCUACCUCACCCACUCCUACCAGAAUGGAUCCGUCGGGACUGUUUCCACGCCCACUUUAGGAAUGACUCCAUACCAGGCCAGUGUCUACAAUGCAAUGCAAAGAGGGUUUCCUCUUGAUGGCAUGAUGGAUCUGAGGGAUGCCAUGACUGUGCCUAUUCCACUUCCGGUUUACAUAAGGUCAAGGUCACCCGGAGACGCGGAAAGUCUGAUGAAGCCGAGAAAAUGCAGGCGAAGCAGGACAGUUUUCACUGACUUGCAGUUGAUGGGUUUAGAGAAACGUUUUGAGGGACAAAAAUAUUUGUCUACGCCGGAAAGGCUGGAUUUGGCUGACAGUCUUGGACUUACCCAGAUUCAGGUCAAAACCUGGUACCAAAACAGACGGAUGAAAUGGAAGAAAAUGGUCAUGCAGAAAGGUGGGUCUGAAUCACCGACAAAACCAAAAGGCAGACCAAGGAAAGAUAACUACGAUGUCCAGAGGGAACAGCAUGGAACACGUCAAACACAAGAACGUUCACCUGAAACUCCACCAAUGAGAAUCAACUUUGUAAAUGACAAUAGCCAAUCAGAAUCCGUUUCUAAAAAUAUCGUUUAUCAGAAGGUCUUUCAUAAGCCUUAUCUGGGUGAUGAUGAUGCAGACAAAUAUGAUUAAAGACAAUGCAAAAAAGUCCGAA